AUGAAGAGCUACACUAAAGUGACAGCGGAAGACCUGGAAAAAGAGAAAUUAAGAAAGAUAACACUGAAGUCGUUGAAUUGGGACCCUGAAAAGAUGAAGAGAUACUUGAGCAAAUUAGAAAUGAAUCGCGAGAAUGAAAGUACUGAUGAGGAAAGAACUGAUGAAAGUACUGAUGAGGAAAGUACUGAUGAAAGUACUGAUGAGGAAAGAACUGAUGAAAGUACUGAUGAGGAAAGAACUGAUGAAAGUACUGAUGAGGAAAGUACUGAUGAAAGUACUGAUGAGGAAAGUACUGAUGAAAGUACUGAUGAGGAAAGUACUGAUGAAAGUACUGAUGACGAAAGAACUGAUGAAAGUACUGAUGAGGAAAGAAGUACUGAUGAAAGUACUGAUGAGGAAAGUACUGAUGAAAGUACUGAUGAGGAAAGUACUGAUGAAAGUACUGAUGAGGAAAGUACUGAUGAAAGUACUGAUGACGAAAGAACUGAUGAAAGUACUGAUGAGGAAAGUACUGAUGAAAGUACUGAUGAGGAAAGAACUGAUGAAAGUACUGAUGAGGAAAGAACUGAUGAAAGUACUGAUGAGGAAAGUACUGAUGAAAGUACUGAUGAGGAAAGUGCUGAUGAAAGUACUGAUGAGGGUCGAAUAUGGAUCAGGAUAUUGAAAAAUUGGUGA